GGAGUUGGACAUUGAACCCCAGCGAGAGACGCCAAAGCCCCGCUCAGCUACAGGCAAAGCAGUGGAGACGAUGUCCUUGCUCUGUGCUGUACCCUAGAUCCGUAUCUGACGGAUCAAGAUUGUCUUCCCCGACCCUGAGCUACGCCCUGUCUCGGGGCGGACAAGGAGCGUCAUCCGGAGACAGCAAGAUGUCUCGUUUCCCACUCCGCUCCCUGAUGGUGCUGCUUCUGCAGGGGACCCUGUCUGGGACUCACCCCUGCCCCCCACAGUGCGUCUGUGAGACUCGCCCGUGGUUCACCCCCCAGUCUGUCUACCACGAGGCCCGCACAGUGGAUUGCAACGACCUGCUGCUGACUCGAGUGCCCAGCAAUCUCUCCUCGGACACCCAGGUUCUUCUCCUCCAAAGCAACAAAAUAUCUAAGGUCAACGGUGAGCUUCAGCACCUGUCCAACCUGACUGAGCUCGACCUCUCACAGAACCACUUCUCCAGCGUUAGUGACGCCGGGUUGGCGAACCUUUCCCGCCUCAUCACUCUUUACCUAGAGGAAAACCAGGUGGAGGAGUUGCCAGAUCACUGCCUGAGCGACCUGGCCUCCCUCGAGGAACUCUACAUAAACCACAACCACAUCUCCUCCAUUGAGCCGCUGGCGUUCGCCGGUUUGACCAGUCUGCUCCGGCUACACCUCAACGCCAAUCGUCUCUCCGCCAUCGACCACCGCUGGUUCCUCUCCCUCCCCAACUUGGAGAUCCUCAUGAUUGGAGAGAACCCCAUCUCCCAGCUACAAGCUGGUAGCUUCCAGCCGCUGGGACGGCUCCACAGCCUCGUCUUGGCUGGGAUGGAGCUAGGUGAGGUCCCCUCGGGUGCUUUCCAAGGACUAGACUACCUGGAGAGCUUGUCCUUUUUUGAUAAUCACCUUACACACGUUCCCACUGGGGCACUGAAAGGUCUGCCUCUCUUGAAGUUCCUGGAUCUCAACAAGAACCCUAUCGCAGAGAUACAGGCCGGGGACUUCCAGGACAUGUUGCACCUAGAGGAAUUAAGCCUCAACGGCAUGGAGGAAUUGACGGGCAUUCACAAAGGUGCUUUUGAGAAUCUUCCGGAGCUGGCCAAACUUGAACUGUGCAACAACCCUCGCCUUUCCUAUUUGCACCCCGGUGCAUUCCAGGAGGUGCCUGCUCUCCGCACCUUACUUGCGAGCAAUACUGCCCUCAGUCUCCUUCCACUAGGGGUGACAGAUGCCUUGCCGGCUUUGGCUGAACUCAGUCUUUUUGGGAACCCACUGCGCUGCGAUUGCCCAGAGGUUUGGAAAUCGUUAUCCACGGGGGACAUACGCUUGAUUGAGUCCCAAAGUACCCUGUGCACCUCGCCUCCGAUGGCUGCAGGGCAACAACUCCAAGGAGUACUGAAAAAUGGCAUGGUAGGCGCUUGCUUGCCGGAAAUCUCUCCCAAGGGACUCCCAGAGCAGAUGGAGGUUCCUUCGGGCUCAACAGUAGCUUUGGAUUGCCAGGUCAGUUCAGAACCACCCGCACAAUUCCACUGGAUAGCACCGUCUGGGGAGAAAGUGACCACAGAGACAGGGAAGCUGAAGCUGAGGGUAGGGGGCACUUUAGAGAUCCGCACAAUCAGCCCAGGAGACUCUGGGAUCUACACUUGCGUGGCAUGGAACGGACUGGGCUCUACCAGCCGGAGUGUGGCCGUGGCCGUGAUCGGCGAAAGACCUGCCACCCCCAACAGGCUGCUGGUCCUUGCUAAGAAGGUACAGUCCCAUUUUGUGGUGGUGGAGUGGACAAUGUCCUUCUCAGAGGGACAGGGCAACGAGAGAGCCGGUGGGUCCGCAACGCCCCGGCCGCCUCCUCCUUCACCAUGGUCUUCGGCCACCAUGCGGAUCCAUAACCCCCACCUGAGCUACACAGCGCGGGUUCCCGUGGGGAUCCGCGAAUUCAACCUCACGCACCUGCAGCCUGCCACCCGUUAUGAGAUUUGCCUCACUGUCAUGUCUCCCAUUCCCAAGUCUUCACGUGGUUACACAGAUGUCCCCCCACCUUUAGCUCUCUCCACAGGCCCUUCAGCAUCUUCUGUGAGUUUCGUGGAAACAGUCUUAGCCACCGCAGGUAUGUCUGGUUCUUCAACGGGCUCCCUGACAGCCUCCGAAGGAUCUUCUGCACCCCCCCGGGGUCAUUUAGCAGCUAUGCUUCCCCUAGCAACUUCCAAAGACUCCUCGACACCUCCUACGGAACCCUCAACCAUCUCCAUCUUUACUCCGCCUGUCCCGCACCUGCCCCGCACGCAGCGCUCUUGCCUCAACGUCACCACCAAAGAAGCUUCCCUGGCUGUGGAACUAAUGGGUGGGUGGGCUGGUGGUGCGGCCCUUGCCGCCGUGACCGGCUCCUUGCUAGCCGCCCUGAGCGCUGUGCUGCUGCUCCUCUAUGCCUCACGGCGGCUCAAGGAAAAAGGAUGCCGCCAUUCACUGAAGAAAUACAUGCAGCACGCAGCCGCCAUUCCACUCAACGAGGUCUAUCCGCCCCUGAUCAGCUUGUGGGACGCCGAGGGAGACGCCCCUAUGCCAAUGGCGCCUCUUGCACAACUGGCUCCGCCCACGCCCACACCUCCGCCUCCCACCACAGGGGGACACACUCUUCUGCUGCCACCCCCUCCGGGUCCGAUUGAUACUUCCAAGACCUAUCUAUGGCAACAGCCAUGAACUAGAUGUGAAAUGGGCCGGCACAUGUGCCUCUGACUCUGGCCAUUGGCAGGAAAUUUCCCCUUCCCGCCGAUGUUAGGGUAUAGGAAUGGGGCUUCCAGGCCUUCCCAACCCAUGUCCUUGCCUACCACUUCACCCCUAUGCGCACCCAUGUGCA